AUGGCGCUGUCGUUCUUCCGAGGGUUCUUCAAGGGAGGGCUGGUGGAGGAGGACUUGGAUGCAUUCUAUCCCGUGCGGCAGGACGUGCAGGUUGGCACCGUCAGCAAGUUCCGACCGCGGGCGAGCAAGCGGCUGUCAGAGGAGAAGUGGAACGACAUGUUUGACGCGGAGGGGCGCAUGGUCAACCUAGAGGCUGCCCUCCGCCUCAUACAGCGCGGGGGCUGUGAGCCGGGCAUCCGGCCGGAGGUGUGGGAGUACCUGCUGGGGCUGGUCAGCCCGGCAGCCACGAGUGGCGAGUGUGGCGAGCUGAGGAGCAUGCGCAGGGAGGCCUAUGCUGCAAUGCUCAAGGAGUGCCAACUGGUGGACCCGGUCAUUGGCAGCGGAUUCGUGGUCGACUUCCCCAGGGUGCAGGACGAUGGCUCAGAGGUCGAUCUCCCAGACUCCUAUGUGGACGAGGUGAUGAGGACGUGGGCGGCGGAGAGGGCAGAGGUGGUGGCGCGCGUGGGGCUGGAUCGAAUAAACAAGUGGCGCCAGGGGCUCUACCAGAUAGGAGUGGAUGUAACCCGCGCUGACCGUUCCCUGCUCUUCUUUGAGAGCAGCAGGAGCCGAGCGCGCCUGAUGAACGUGCUGGCCGUGUAUGCGUGGUUUGACCCCGAGGUGGGGUACUGCCAGGGCAUGAGCGACCUCAUGUCCCCCAUGGUCGUGCUGUAUCCUGACGACGCCGAUGCCUUCUGGGCUUUUGAAAGGCUCAUGCGGAGAGUGAGAGAGGACUUUAUGAACACGGACACGGGCCUGGGCAUUCAGAGGGAGAUCAGCCGGCUCUCCCACAUGGUCUACACUCUCGACCCCGAGCUGCAUGCACACUUAGACGAGAUAGGGGCAGGCACCAUGUUCUUCACGGUGCGAACAGUCAUGGCCAUGUUCCGCCGCGAGCUCUCCUUUGCUGAUGCGCUCUACCUCUGGGAGAUGAUGUGGGCGUGGGACUAUGACGCGUGCAGUGCAGCACUCCUCCCUCUGGCGGAUCAAGCCAUUUUCCACACGGCCCGCCACCUGCCGCACCUCACCAUGGAGCGCCAAGCCUACAUUGCUGCCACCGCCGCUGCCGUCCGGGCGGCCGCUUCCGUCCUACUCGACGCCGAUCUCUUCACAGCUAUUGCUGUCGACAUCGCCAACGCCACUCGCGUGCCGCUCUCUUCUGUUCCCAGCGCUGGUGCUACCAGUGUUGGCGGCGCUGCGAGCAUUACCAGCAGCAGCAGCGGCGGCAGUGGCAGCGGUGGUGGUGGUGGGUGGUUCAAUUUCGACGUGCUUCUUCUGGGUUCGGUGGGUACUGCUAGCAGCAUUGCAGGCAGCGGCGGCACGUCGGCGUUCGCAGCACCGCAUGAGGACGCGGAUCGAGGCUCUGUGGACCUCUUUUCGUCUCCACAGAGGCUUGAAAUCGCCCUGAUGGCUGCCGAGCUGGCUGUGACUCAGGCUGCCGUGCAUGCUGUGCCGGAUACUCCUGCGUCUGGGGCUCUUAUGGGGAGGAAAGCGGGUGGUGGGGUGGGUGGUGGGAGGGGGUUUGUUGUGCCUGAGGCGUGGGAGGAGGAUGGAGGGGUGGAGGAGGGUGGGGAGGGGUGGGAAGGGGAGGAGGAGGAUGAGGAGGCAUAUGGGGAGAGUGAGAGUGAAGAGGAGGAUGAGGAGGACGAGGAGGGGGAGGGGGAAAGUAGGAGUGAGAGUCAGGGUAGUGAGUUAGAAGGUGAGAGUGGGGAGGAGGAUCAGGGGAAUAUGGGAUACGGGACAGAAGAGGAGAGGGAGGGAGAGGAGGAGGAGGAAGGGGGAGAGAGUGGGGGGGAGGAGGAGGGUGAGUGGGGGAGGGAUAGGCGCCUGUCCCAGGAAGCGGCUAUGAUAGCAGGAGUGUGGGAGGAAGAAGAGGGGCAGGAAGAAGAGGGGGAACCCGAAGAGGAAGCAGUUGCAGGAGGCGCAGUGAACGGGGCAGGAGGGACAGCUGGUUCUUCUUCAAUCUCUAGCAGCAUUGGAGCUUCUUCAACCUCCAACCGCUCCCUGCAGCGCCCCAUGGGAGGCUCACUCAAAUUCGAUGUCCCCCGUAUCGACAUCAACGCACUCCCCACCAUCCUCGCCCCUCCCUCGCACCCCUCCCACCCAUCCCAGCGAGCCCGCACCCACCUCCCCUUCCCCCUCUCCUCCCACCACCAGCCUCCCUCCUUGUCCUUCCACUCGCGCCUGCUCCGCCGGCAAAACAGCUCGCAGAAGCAGAAGGCAGCAGCGGUGGCCGUGCAGCGGCAGCAGCAGCGGCAGAAGCAGCAGCAGCAGCAGCAGCUGCAGCAGGUGAAGCAGAAGCACGGGUUUCUGAGGAGGUAUCAGAGCAUGCACCCGGGUUUGAUGCUGCUGCGCCCGCUGCACCUGCCACUGGUGUGGAAGCAGGAGCAGCAGCUGGCUGAGCUGAAAAGCCAUUGGAGCAUGAGGGAGCAUCGGAGCAUGGGAGAGGCAGCAGCAGGUGCAGCUCACGACUUCUCUGCUGCGCUUGCCUCUGUUGCUGCCUCUGUUGCGGCGGUCAAGGGCAGCAGUGACAGCUUUUGGGUGGAGCCAGAGGCACAUGCGAGGUCAUUCCCCCAGGGAGGCCUCCUCUCCCUCGAUUCUCUCGUCUCCUGGGUCGGCUCAGCAGGCUCGGGCACCGAGGCUGCAGGUUCGGGAUCCGGCAGCAUGUUCGGGCACGGUUGGGGAGGCUCCACCAGAUCCCCUCGCUUCCUCCCAGCUGCUCCCAGCAUAGAUGGUAGCACAGCUAGCAGCACUGCAGGCAGCGCAGCAGGCAGCGCAGCAGGCAGCACAGGCAGCACAGGCAGCAUACCGAGCGGGCUUCUAUCGGGCAAACCGACGCACGAGGCUGAACGGAAGCACGAGGCUGAACGGAAGCACGAGGCUGAACGGAAGCACGAGGCUGAACGGAAGCACGAGGCUGAACGGAAGCAUGAAGCUGAACGGAAGCACGAGGCUGAACGGAAGCAUGAGGCUGAACGGAAGCACGAGGCUGAACGGAAGCAUGAGGCUGAACGGAAGCACGAUUCCGCACCAGAGGUGGGCGGUGGUGUUCAGGUGGGGCCCAUGCAAGAUGACGUGGUCAAUCUCACGCCAGAGGGAGGUCUGGAGGAGCCAGAUGACCGCCUAUCAGACGACCAACCAGAUGCGCCAUUCCUCUUCCCACCCUCCAAGUCCCUCUCUAGAGCGUCCCACGAGGGUAGAGGCCAGACGGUGCACGAGAGAGGUGGAGCCUUCACUAGCAGAGAUCAUCCGAUUCACCCCCCUCACCUGUUCCCCCACUCAAGGUCUGUAUCUGGAGCCUCUCCCCUCUCUCCUGCUAGCAUCUUCAAGGCUCCCCUCCGCCGGUUAAACCUCAAGGUUCCCCCUGAAUUACACCUGAAUCUCAAGUCACCCCGGGCGGAACACCCUCCGAAAUCCCCGGGUUCAAUGCCCUUUGCCCUCCCGUUUGAGGUGACUCUUGGGCUGAAAUCCCCUGGUCCAUUCAGGAUUCCUCCUGAGCUAAGCUCUGGGAUGAAGUCUCCUCGACCAUUUGUUCCCCCUGAUCUGCUUAAAUCCCCGCUGGCACUUAAAUCCCCGUCCUCUAAAGAGUUCCUGGCUAAAAUUUUCGACGAUACGAACCGAGCAGCGAUGCGGUCGGGUGCGGUCAAAGGGACGACCAGUUGGAACAUUAAGAAGCUCUGCAAGAAAGCAGUGACAUACCAUCGAAAAUAUCUCUACCUGAGAAUGGCUCGUGCAAACGCCAUGUCCAUCUACUUCACAUAG